AUGAACAUUAGCCGAGAUACUUUUGAAGGUGUUUUUAUAAAGAAUUUUAUAUCAGUUGGAUUAGGUGUCAUUAUAACCUAUAUCAAUGGCAUGUUCAUGUAUGCUUUUUUUAGAAAUCCAACGUUCUACAAUGACCCAAGAUAUAUUUUAUAUAUUCACCUUGUCAUCAAUGAUGUAAUAAUGCUUUUCCUAUCAGUUACUCUGCAUGUUAUGACUUACACCGUACCACUUGUCAAUGUCACAGUCUGCUGUUUUCUGCUUCUGUUGGUCUCGACAACUUCAGACAACACUGCACUGAAUCUGGCUGGAAUGGCUUUGGAACGAUAUGUUGCUAUCUGCAAACCACUGCAUCAUCCUCAAAUCUGUACAGUGAAAAGGACCUACAUCUGCUUUGGUCUGAUAUGGCUUUUUGCCCUUGUGCCUGCACUAACAGAUAUCGUCAUUACUUUACUAAAUCAACCCAUUAGUUAUUUCUGGAAAUCAACCAUGUGCUAUGACAAGAGCAUUUUUAACUCGAAUGAGCACCUUAUCAAAACAAUCUUUACGCAAACAUUGUAUUUGUUAAGUGUGUGGAUGACAUUGGUUUUUACAUACAUCAAGGUUUUUCAGGCAGCUAAUGCUGCAACUGUUGAUCAGGUUAUGGCCAGAAAAGCCCGGAACACUAUUCUGCUCCAUGGCAUUCAACUCCUUCUCUGCAUGCUUGCUUAUGUCACACCAUUUAUAAACUAUAUAUUUUUUGCAUUGUUCCCUAAUUAUAAAAGUACAUUUAUGUUUAUCACCUAUCUAUUGGCUAAUGUAUUUCCAAGACUACUAAGUCCUCUUAUUUACGGAGUCCGAGAUCAAAAAAUGGAUAGUAUUGAAAAGAGCAGUAUAUGUGGAAACAUACUGGGCCAAGAAGUGCUUAUGGAAAAACCCCAGAGGUACUCAUAG